CUUUUUGGCACGCAGCAUCAGGUUUGCAGCGUCCGUGUUGUCCGACGUCCAUUCAAGCAUGCUCGUCAAGGUAAAGGCCUGUCCGAAGUGCAGUCUUGUCUGUUUGCAGAGAGCAAAAGAGGCGGAAAAUCAAGCAAGACGUGAACUGGUUGCCAUGUCAAACACUUCAAUUCACCAUAGAAACUCAGAUCUUAACGCGGCGACUUUAUUAAACUGCGAUGGUGGAUUGAUAAGGGCCCAAUUUCGAUCACCCUUGCUCGCGUUUUUUUUUAUUUUUUAUUGUGGGCGCCAAGGCGGUCUGACAGAGGUAAAUUGCUCUUUUAAUUAAAGCAAUGCAGCAGAGGAAAUUGCUGUCUGAAUAUUGUCUGAGAGAGGGGGGGGGGGGCGCCCGCUGACAGUUGCCUGGAAACUUCAAUCUGUCCACUCGCGUUUAUUCCAGAUCCCAGUUAUGAGAUAAAGUUUAAUAAAAAAAAAAUCCCCCCGUUUUCCUCCGCCUGCAGCAAGCAAAUGAAAGCCAAGCCUUUUGUGCACAAGUGAGCACAAUGAGAAGGGAGAGUGGAGGAAAGCUCGUGUUCAACAUGUUCCUCUCAGAUCCGACAGAAAAUCUGUUGAAAGACAACAAAGGAGCAUCCUGGGGUCCGAUCAAUACCGGAGCACAAAAAGGCAGCGGCCAGAUCCAGCUGUGGCAGUUCCUGCUGGAGCUGCUCUCGGACAGCAGCAACGUGUCGUGCAUCGCGUGGGAGGGCACCAACGGCGAGUUCAAGCUGAUCGACCCGGACGAGGUGGCGCGGCGCUGGGGCGAGCGCAAGAGCAAGCCCAACAUGAACUACGACAAGCUCAGCCGGGCGCUACGCUACUAUUACGACAAGAACAUCAUGACCAAAGUUCACGGCAAGCGCUACGCCUACAAGUUCGACUUCCACGGCCUGGCGCAAGUGUGCCAGCCCUCCUCCACCGAGCAGGCGCUCUACAAGUUCCAGGGCAACUUCUCGCCCAUCCCCUUCUCGGGCAUCUCCAAACUCAACCUGCACGUGGGGCCCGCCGUCGGCCCGUCGGGUUUCUCCUACUGGGCCGGCUCGCCGUCGGCCGCCGCCCUCUACCACCACCACCACCACCACCAUCACCAUCCCCACCCCCACGGCGCCAACCUGCAGACCCCCGCCCCCUUCGCCACCGUGUCCCCGAGCCACAUCGGCUGCGGCGUGAACGGCAUGAACACGCUGAGCAACGUUAAUAAUCCCUACAAUUGAGCGAGUGACGUCGUGGCGCAGGUGACGUCACGGUUGGGGGAAGGAUCGCGCGUCGCAGUCACUUCCGGGGUGCGAGCGUGACGUAUGCGGCGCUGAACAAAUGCACACGGAAAUAAGUGAUCUCUCCAAGAGGCCUGCGGUUGGGUCAAACAUAACCCAAUUAUGGGGCGAGGGGAGAUCGACCGCUACUUGGGUCAAUUUGAAUGUUUUUGUGCAAAAAAAAAAAAAAAACGUUGUUUUGCAUAACGUUAGUCAAAUUGACCCAAGCGCUGUAUAUUUUUCUUUCACCCGGCAGUUGUAAGGGUACUGUAUACAACAGCGUAGCCUCUUAAUUAAUUAUUUUAAAUGACGUCUUUAAUUGCCGACGUCACAAUUUCAACCAGGUCAUCAGGUAAGUUGCUCGCUCUUACUUUUACAUGACUGUACAUUACAAACGCCGCAACAUCGAAACCGACAACAUUUCAUUGUUGGCAACUUUCCACCACGGAUAAACCAAGCUACCAGUUGCAGCUUCCAGUGGACAUUAUAAGAACGUUUGAUGCCGUGAGGGGGCGUGGCCUUGGUCAGUGAUAUUCAAAUCUGGCUUGCAGCUUGGAAACAGGAGACUCUACUUUGAAUUAACAGAUAGAACAAACAGUUCCAAAAUACAGGAUAGGAAUGAAAAUGUAGAUCCAAUUUCAAAGUUCAGUAAAACGGAACUGUACUUAACAAAGGUUGCCUCAAAAAUAGGAAGCACAUUAUGGUUAUGAUUAAGGUGUCAAAUCCCAAAAUGUACUUUUUGUGCAUUUCUGACCAGAAAAAAAUAAAAUAAAAAUAAAACAUUGUUGAGUGUUAUGCCUGAAUCAUUUCUGAAUUAUUUUUGUGCGGUGAAAAUUCUGAAAUUUAGCGAGAAAACGCUAAACUCUUUCACGAGUCAAGCACGUCAUGUCGUUCUACAAAUUCUGAUCAAUUUCUUAAGCACUACACACGCGCGAGAUGAUAAUUAGACGUGCCCUUUUUAAAUACUUUAUUUAAACCAAACCAAAAAAUAAAAAUAAAAAAAAGAUGUGAAUGGAUUACACAAAUAUUAAUUAUUCGGGAAAUCCCUGAAGGAUUCAACCAUCUCAC